CGUGCUCGAUCUGAUCUCUAGCCCUGGAAUCGCUCAUCUCUGUGGCGCACCAUCGCGUUCUAUCUCUGGCGCACGCAUAGCAUUCAUCUCUUUGGCGCACAUCUCCUCCGGCCUACAUCAGUCUGCAUCAGUCCUUCAGCAUCAAUUUCACAAUCCACCGGCCAAAUCUAAUUUGAGGAAGUAAUGUUUCGUUCAAAGCGUACCUUUGAAGAGUAUCAGCACUUGCUUGAAAACGAAGGCGGAGCUCCAAACGACUUUACUGUGCAUGAUAUAGAUGAAACUUAUAGUGAAGAGGAUAAUCACUACAAUCAUGAUUAUGGAGAUGAUGAUGACUCUGAUGUCGACUUUGAUUUGGAUCCAUCUCUUAUACCUGUACCUGAAGGGUUUAAUGACGAUGAAGAAGUNAUAAUUUGCCCAUUUCCAAGUCAGGUGGCAAUGAGGGUCUUGUACGUCCGAAAGACGUGGAUGACGCCAUGUGGGAUGGAUUUGUGACAUUGUCUUUUUCACCAGAUUUUGAGAAAAGUCUCAACAUGGGAAGAAUGCUAGAGAAAAACUAACACAUUCUCACACUAAUGGAUCUAAAAGUUUUGCAAUUUCAUUCGAUAAGUUUGAAAGGAAGCAUAAACGGAAGCCAGGGCCAAUCGAGCGGUUCAUACAAACACAACACAGCCAUGGCUAUUAUUAAGAAAAAGACUGGAGAUUG